AGUCUUGUGUUUGCUGGCGUGCGGAGCGCAGGGCUGCCGUGAUCAAUAGAGCCAGGAUCCCGGGUCGCAUCUUCUCGCUGUCAGGAGGCCAUGGCUGGAGGCGGGGGCGGCGCGCGCGCCUAGCGAUGCUGGAGAAGCGGCUGCCGGCGCUGGUGUGGGGCGCGGCGGCGGCGGCGCUGUGCCUGUCGCUGUACCGCCUGCUGGGCUGGCCGGCGGGCGGCCUGGGCGACGCGCCGCCCACGCGGCCGCCGCAGCCCGCCUACCUGCUGCUGCUGCCCGGCAACGCCACCGCCUCGGCGCCGCCCUACCCGCUGGCGCGCCUGCCCGCCGGCGACGCCGCCUCCCUCAUCGACCUGCGCGGCUUCCGCUUCCUCAUCAACAACUACCCCUGCGGCGAGCCACGGGCGCCGCUGCUGCUGGUGCUGGUGCACUCUGCGCCGGACAACGCGGAGAAGCGCGCGACGAUCCGGGCGACGUGGGGCGGCGCGGCGGCGCGCGCGGGCGCCGACUUCCGCGUGCUCUUCCUGCUGGGCGACGUGGGCGGCGGCGAGCGGCAGGCGCGCCUCGACGCCGAGAACCGCCGCCACGGCGACCUGGUGCAGGGCAACUUCCGCGACUCGUACCGCAACAUGACGUACAAGCACGUGAUGGCGCUCAAGUGGGCCGCCUACCAUUGCCCGGGCGCGCGCUACCUGCUCAAGGCGGACGACGACGUGUUCGUGAACGCGCCGGCGCUGCUGUCCUUCCUGGCGCGCGCCCUCUCGCCGUGGGGGGCGCGCCGGCUCAUCCUGUGCGCGCCCUUCCCCUACGCCUACGUGAAGCGCUCGUGGCGCAGCAAGUGGCGCGUGUCGCCGCUCGAGUACCCGGGCCGCGUGUACCCCGCGUACUGCGCCGGCUGGGCCGUGCUCUACUCGCCCGACGUCGUCUUCCUGCUGUACGAGCAGGCGCAGGCCGGCCCCUACUUCUGGAUCGACGACGUGCACGUGACGGGCACGCUGGCGGCGCGCGCCAACCUCACGCACACGCCGCUCGGCUCGCUGGUGCUGUCCGAGGCGCAGGUGGCCGCCGUGCUGGCCGGCGAGCCGCCGCCGCAGUUCCUCUUCGGCGCGCCCAACAUGUCGCUGGACGCCAUCCGCCGCCUCUGGCGCGUCGUGUCGUUUGAGGGGGAGAUAAUAUCCCAGCGGCAGCAAGUAACGGGUCGUCUCCGAGACGAGCCGGAUCUCGUGACGUUCGCCUUAAGCCGUGCGCCGCUGAUCGUCGUCAAGCGGGAGUCCCCAGGGGAAACAGGGGGAGGCACGUCGCCGCCAAUCGCCGCCGCCCCGCCCCUUCCCUGUAGGAUCAACAGGUGCGGCCGCCUGCACAUCGAGUGGGAUGGACGGCUGUCGUUCGCGGUAGCUUUUCUGUGUGAGGCACAGAAGUGA